AUGUCCGAACUCGGUCCACGCGAGAUCACCGGCCGGGCCGCAUCUCGCGCCUUGUCGUCCAAGAAGCUGACUUCAGCCGCUCUUCUGCAUCACCUGGUGAAGCCUCACUCGCCGUCGAUCCUCGUCACGUACUUGCAGCAGGCCCUUGCAGACGGGAUAUUCACCGCGCGGGAGUUCGCAGUUGCGCUUCUGGUCCACCUGCAUCGCUCCGAGGUUCAGCCCUCGACACCAGUGCUCGCCUCCAUCGCAACGGCACUCAUCUCAAACCCGACCGGUCUGAACGAGACACUUCCGUCCCCGGUGGUACUCUCUGAUGUUCCAGACGUCGGAACGAGUGCUUCAGCUGAGCCGGAAGAGGUCCCCGCCUUAGUGCUGCUGCUGCCGCUGUUGCGCCAGUGUGCUUCUGCUCCGGCGCCUGCCCCACUACACGCUCUUGCCGCCAGGCUGACUACGCUGAUACCACCCAUCCCCGCUCCACCAUUUGAGGCCGGACUCGAGGCCGCGCAGAUCAGCUCUCUGCUUCCCGAGGACGUUGCGAAGCCGCUUAGAGAGUGUUUGGCUGGUCUCAUGGCCGACCUCCCGCUUCCGCAAGCUCCCGCUCCGGAUGUCAUGUUCGGCAAUGGCAUGGGUGACGUCGGCGUUGGCAUGCCGAUGGGUCAGAUGGGAGUACAGAUGCCUGUUUCGGCCAUGCCGCUCCGACAAGCGGCGGCCUUCCUCAUCGAGUACGGCGCCAGAGCGCACACCUGGGAGCGGAAUCCAGAGUACGCUUCGGUCCCGCGGUUACCUCACCCUCAUCAUCGGCAUAUCAUUCAGCUCGGCCGCGCGCUUACAACCGACUCUCAGGCGUUCAUUGUGGCCCUGUUCGACGCUGCCGCCGACAGAGUGUUAACUUCAUGGUCUCAUUCUCCGAGUGCGGCGGUGCGACCAUACGUCUUCUUUACGGAGGCUCUCCCCGUCAUGCUGAGGUGGUGGCGUGACAAUGCGGACCCGAAGUGGCCGUAUCCUGCCGACCUGCAGGGCGCUCUGCAAGGCGUCAUCACGACGCACUCACAGCAGCUUUCUAACUGGUUCCAGGCUGUGAACUCAAUCUACACGGCUAAAUUCUCGCAAUCAGAACCAGACGAGGAAGGCUACGUGCAGCCUGAUGGCUGGUCGUUGUUGUCUCUGGAGGCGACCGCAGUCCGCCGUUACGUAUCGUUGGGAAUGCUGGAGGAGGAGGCCGCCACGGAACUGAUUGGAAGCCCCGUUAAGCCAGCUUCCUCAUGCGAGUCUCUGAUGGAGCGGCUAGCUACAACAUCGCCCUCUCACCUUCCUGCCCUGGAGACAUUCAUCACCUAUGCCUCAGGGGCAACUUCUUCUACCGCAUCGCUUGGUGCGGAGGUGGCCAGCAAGCCCGCGCCUGAGAACCUCUUCGUUCGACUGGCCGGCUCUCCGUCUUUGAUGGUUCUGAUCGCUGCCUACAUCUCACCCUCGUCUCUCCUCGAUAUCAUCACGGAGAACCUCCUGGAUCGAGUCGAGGACCCGGCCGUGCGGCAAGAAGAUCCUCAGAGCAGUCUCAUCAGGUUUGGAGCAGCUAACGUUCAGCUUCCGUUGCCUCACUUGCUUUGGGAUGCUCGACGGGUGUCUAAUCUCGAGGAUCUGUCAGAGGGCGAGCGGGGCCACCUCAACGGCUGGGUGAAGGCGCUGUUCGGAUCAGACGGCAUUGACGACGAGAUCCUGUUGAAGACCUCGCCGCAGGGUCUGUGUCGACUGGCGUCUACGCUGGUGCAGCAGUCCAUUGUUGCUGCGUCGUCGGGUCAGAUCGACCUUGACACUCUGCACUCCGGUCUGUCCUACUUUGCUCAGCCGCUGCUGUCGUGGUGCCUGGGCAGUGUAGUUGGCUGGCUGUGCGCCGAGAUUGAGCGCCUUGGACAGCUUUCUGGAGUGCACCUUAAUGUCUUGCAGACACUGGUACUCGACUCUGCCUUCCCUGAGCCGUUACUGCGCGCCAACGCUCAUGCCAUGAACCGCCUGCUCGAGCCCACCAGCGGUCUCGAACCUGUCAUUCAGAGUUCCGGCUUCGACGCUAUUGCAGUUCGCGCACGUCUACAGGCUGUGGGUGGACCUGACGGCUCUGCCCUUCUCCCAGACCCUCCAUACCUCUCCCCACUCCCCACUUUGCGUUCUGAGAUUCAAGCAGUACGCCACAUCGACAUUGCAACGCAAGGCUGGGAGUCUAGGUUGCUAGACGCAGUACAGGCUGCGCUGCGGGCCGAGGGCUCAUUGAGAGUCCUCGACGCUCUACUGCCUGACAUUGUUUACCCCUCCGUUGUCGACGUUGAGGACCCGAUAACGCAAGUUGUCGCGCUUAUUUGCGCACUUCACCUGCAAGGAAUCCCUCUCUCAGUGGCCCUCCGACGAUACACUCGCCGACCAGCUUGCGCAGUACCUUGCGGAGGAGAUCGCCUACCAGAGCACCCGUCCGGUCAACCAGCCCAAGACAAAGCGCAUGCCAAAGGCUUGGGUCCCGGAGCAGCGCCUGAUCCUGGUCUUGUCGACGAACAGAAAGCGCUCCUUGACGAGCUCAUCUCGAAAUUCGAGGCGGACGACGAGUUCAAGGGGCGAUUCCCGACGUUUGUGAAUACCAUGGCGCCGAAGGCGAUCAACGGUGAAGUUGCCAACGGAGACGGCGACGUGCAGAUGUCAUGA